ACGCAUUUACUCUAUUCAUACUUUUUUUCUUUGAAGUAUAGUUAGUCGCAUAUUAACGGUUUAAUCAGUUUAUUCAACAGUUUCUUAAAAUUAUAUUCACUUUUUUUCUUUUCUUUUUUUUUUAAAGUGAAACAAAGAUGGCCGCGUCCAUCUCACACUGAUGUUUGUGUUUUAUAAAAUAAUCAAUGUGACGAUGCUACUUGGUUUGAUAUUUUGUUAUCCAAGUCAACAACACUCAGUUGUAAGUGUGGCUUAAGUUUUUGGAGCCAUGCACUGAAUAUACCAAAGGACCAUGGUAAUACCAUCUUGUUACAACCAUUCCUACACCCCUUGUGAAAACAACCCAGUUUGUAUUUUCAAGGUGCAGAUUUCCAUACAGAGUUUCUCCAGCUGAAGUGAAGAUGAGUCGAUUGAUCAGUCACCUGCAGCAGAUGACUUUGUUCAUCACCAUGGUGACCGGCAGCAGCUGUGCUAUGAUGUAUUACCUGAUGCAGAAGAAUUUUGCUAAAUCAGAGUACUACCGUCUCGCCCUGGAAGAGCUAAACAAUAAUUCGACUGCCAUGGCCAGUCUAGGCGCUCCUCCUCUGAAGAUCCACAACAUCCAUUUAUCUGACCGACACAACCGCAUGGACCACAGCAGCGCUCAGAUAAAGAUCCCCGUUACCGGCUCAAGGACUGGUGGUUAUCUCUACACAACUUCCACGAGAGACACUCUCAUAAACAGAUGGCGCCUCCAUCAAGUGUUCUUGAAGCUGAGAGAUGGCGAGACCAUCGAGAUUUUCAACAAGACGGAAUCUAAAGAGUAACUUCAUAUAUAUAUAUAUAUAUGUGUGUGUGUACAACCUAAAGCUGCUUUACUUUAAAAGUUAAUGUGUGUACAACAUGAAAACUAGAAUUAUAAAGUGCACAAUUAAACCAUAAUACUGCAAUUCUUUGAACAUUUAGUCAAUAACAACUAGUUUAGAUUUAGUGGUUCCAAUUCUAACCAGUAGGUGCAACAUUUGUAGAAAAACAGGUGCAUUCACUGUGGCACCCUUGGGACUUCGGUUAGUUUUUUCUUAUUUCAUUGGACAAAAUGUAAUCUUAACUCAAUUCAGGGUAACGUGUCGGCUCAACAUGACCAAUAUGUAUGAAUGACCUAAAUUCACAGGAGUGAGCACUCCAUCCAAAUAAAACAGUAACCAAAUUUAGCCACACAGUGUCCUCAAACUUCUUCCACCCUCUCUCUCUCUCAAUUUCUCUUUCUCACUCUCUCUCAUGAUCUACAUCUUUUCUCAUUAGUUUAUUGGCUGAAAGACUGAGGCCAGAGAACUAUAGCCAUAGUCACUAUAGCCAUCUUCAGAAUGAAUCAAUUUCAAAUCUGACUAAAUAUCUGCCGUUGAGUUUGGGCCGCAUGUUUCAAACUUUCCUUCUUCUCUCAAGCCCUUUAAAAUCCCAUCUUCAUCCCUAAAACCACCCUGCUCCAAAAAUAUCCUGAUAUUCCACAGAGCUCUGGGGACCAUCUGUCCUCGCUUUCAUCUGCCAAAAUAUCCAUGGAAAUAUGUCCUUCCAAUCUGUUUUUAUCCAGUUUUGGAAUAUUUUGUGUGUACUAUAUUAUAUCCCAAUGUUUAGCCAAUGAAAGAUUAAACCAUUCAUUAUAUGUCAGGACUUCUUUGUAUUAAUCUGUGAGGAGAAUUUAUUACAGAUGUUACUAUGAUUACGGAUGUGCUUUCUGGCUUGUUUUAGUGCAUUUCAGUUGGCCGGAUGUUCUCUUGAAUAUCACGGAAUUGAAGAAAACUGUGAAAACACUAAAUGGAGUAAUGAUGGGCUGAAGGAAAAGACCUAUAACCUUGUGCGACCUAGCGUACACACGCGUUGUAUUUUGGCUUCGCUACAUGCAGCGCAUAAUUUAAAUUCAUUAAGGCCGACUGAUCUCAGUUCAGGAGACUCCGGGCUGUCAGUAAAGGGUUGAUCUUUCGACGUGCAGAGUCAUGUGACAAAACAACAUGGCGCCGAUCACAGCGGAGUUUGUCUUUGGGAGAAACGGCAUCAAAACUGCAUCUGGUAAGAAACUUACGUUUUUACAUUGAAACCGGUUUGUCAAAAGAUUAGAGAUUUAUCGGCAAACACCAUACUGCUGAACAGAAUGUACACUAAUGUGGACUUUAGCACAUUUUUUCCUUAGAAAUCCUAUAUAUUUACUGUGCAUUAUCAUAUUGAGAAUCAAUGGGUUCAUCCAAAAGCUAAAAAUGUUGCUUUCAGAGGCUUUAUAUGGAGUUAGGAUGAAAAUCAGGUGCAUUUUGAACUGUUCUGAAACCAGUGCAGACAGACAGCACACUGGAGGUUAAGUCGUUCACUAAAUAGGGAGCAAGGGAGCAUCCUAUAACUCUCUAUGCAGCUAAGUGCAUUCACUCCUAAAAUCCGACCAAAAGUUCAGUUUCAGGCUGCAGAUGAUGUUUGGACCACUCAACAUGUUUGGCAGACACAGGACAAUGUCAGUACAUAGAUUAAGAAUUUAUACUGUAUAAUGAAAGUGAUUGGAUGAUACUGGCCAUUACUUUGUAUCAUUAUUAUUUAUGCUAAUUUCUGAUGUAAUGUUUGUAACGUCUCAAAAACAUGAAUAACCAACACUACUGGAAACAAACACUUUGAUGAAAAAAAAUCUGACUUUCUAUAAUGUAUAGCUUGGUAUUAUUUAAAAUGUAAUAACUUAGUCCCUAUGUCCACAUAUGUGGACAUACAUUUUUAGGAAAACUAUUUGGUCUAGAAUUUCUUUUUUCUUUUUUUUUUUGCAUGUUUAUUAGGUGCUGCAAGUUACAAAUCAAAAAAGGAAAUAGGAAAUGCACACAGAAGUCACGCUUCGGGUCUCAUGAGGUUAAACCACAAGUCAAUGUACGCUAUACAUGUCCCCCCUCACAAGUGUUGUGUACAAUGUUUUCAGAUUUAGAAAGAUUUUUGACCUUAUCCAACAGUUUGUGAGUAAGUUCAGGCCAUGCAUUAGAAAGUGGUUGUUUAUUGACAUUCGUUAACAGUGUGAUGCUAUAUACAGAGCCUAUGCACAAUUCAAAACAUUUGUACAUGUCCCCCAUAUUUUCUUUCAUAGACAUUGCUUAAAGUGUUAAAAGACACAUGCAGACUAGUGUAUGUGUCUGAUUUGGAAGCAGGAGCCAAAUCUUUCAGUAUUUCCCAGAAAGCCAAGUUCUUAAAGCACAUUUUGAUGUUUUGAAAUAGGCAGUAAUGUUCCAGAACUGUCUCUUAAUUUGUCACAUUCCCAGAACGCUGCUAGUGUAAAAGGUUUUGAUAAAUAAAGUCUGCCAACAAUGUAACAUUUUUUAUAAUAAAGUUAUAUACAUUUCAUACAUACCUUUUUGGACUAUGAUUACAUAAAUAGUAAUAUGAAGACGUUUAAAAAAAAAAAAAAAAGAGAGAGGAACUGUUUGUUGUUGAACUGAUGCGUCACUUUUAUAUUUAGGAUCUUACAUAGAUUGGCUGUUUUAGCAAUUAUGUACACAUUUGAUAUAUAUUUUAUAAUUUCUAAAUAGGGAUUGGUAAUACAAAUGCCUUUUCUCUACAUUCUUAAUAUCUUAAGCAGAAUUAAUCACAUUUUGCUAUUGUUUCUUUUUUAGCAAUAUUUCUGAGACAAUCAAGCCACUCUUUCAGUUCAUUAAAGGAAAAGUUCACCCAAAAACAUAAUUUCUGACAUCAUUUACUCACCCACAUGUCAUUUCAAACCCAUCAUAAAAGUAUCAUAAAAGUUGCCUAUCCAACCUGUGCCCUAUUUUACAAGUCUUCUGGAGCCAUUGGUUAGCUUUGUGUUAGGAAAAGACUGAAUUUUAAGAAUAUAUUCACUGAAAAUCUUCCCCUCAUAAAUAGCUCUAAAAACUCAUCCACACUUCCGGAAAUUCAAACUACCGUGUUACAUUUGGAACAAAAGAGGGUGACUAAAUGAGGACAGUUUCCAUUGUUGGAUGAACUAAUGCCUUUUAAGGCAAUACUACAAGAUAAAUUUAAAAAGAUGAAUUUAGUUUGAGAGUACACAAAAACACAUGCACAUUUAAAGUGGCAUCAUGUUAAGACAAUUCAUGACGAUCUUCAUGAAUAAUACACACAUUCACAUCAUGUCAUCUGAAAAUGUAAACAUGAACAAUGAUGAAAACUUCAGCACAGUAAUAUAGCCAUCAAUAAACCACUCUUACAUUUCAGAAAAAGUUUGAAGCAAUUUCCUUUUUUGAAUAAAUAAAUACUCUGAAACUAUCCCAUAAUAUCUCACUAUCCUUUCUCUUGUCAUAACACACACAUAUAGUUGAAACACAGAACUGCGUGCACAAUUUAUCUUUGUGUGACAUUUCUUAAAAUCCCCUCAUCACCAUCGUCAUUCCAAGUCAUAAAAAAACCAUAUAAGAACAUACAAAAGCAAAAUAUAUAUACAGUGCAUCCGGAAAGUAUUCACAGCGCUUCACUUUUUCCCAC